GCCUUCUCACACAACUCGUACUUCCACACGCAGUUUCAGUAUUGCAUAUGUCUCAAAGGUCCAGCGUGCCACACUCUUCCACCGUCGCCUUCGCCCUCCACUCCCAUCUCUUAGUUUCCAGCGAUUUGAGCCCCAACUGGUUUUAGCGGAGCUACAUUUCCCAAGAUUUCAGGCGAAAGCUUGGAUUGAUUGAGAUGGGGCUGAAAGGAUUCGUUGAAGGUGGCGUCGCCUCCAUUGUGGCAGGGUGCUCCACCCACCCACUUGAUCUCAUCAAGGUACGGAUGCAGCUCCAGGGCGAGUCCCUUAGUCCGGCUGUCUCCGCUCUCCGCCCCGCCGUCGCUCUCCAUAGCGGCGCCGGCGUGGCCGCUCUCUCUCACCCCCACCCUGCUCUUCCGCUGCCGCCGCGUCGCCCUGGGCCGAUAGCGGUGGGGGUGCAGAUCCUACGAACCGAGGGCGCCGCGGCGCUGUUUUCGGGGGUCUCUGCGACUGUCCUCCGACAGACCCUGUAUUCCACCACCCGGAUGGGGCUCUACGACGUGCUGAAGAAGAAAUGGUCCUCGUCGAGCGACGGCGGAUCGCUGCCGCUCCACCGCAAGGUCUCUGCCGGCCUCAUCGCAGGCGGGAUCGGCGCCGUGGUGGGAAACCCCGCUGACUUGGCCAUGGUCCGAAUGCAGGCCGACGGGCGUCUUCCUCCGGCCGAGCGCCGCAACUACAAAAGCGUCCUCGACGCCAUCGGGCGUAUGGCAAGGCAGGAGGGCGUCGCGAGCCUCUGGCGCGGGUCGUCGCUGACGGUGAACCGAGCCAUGAUCGUGACGGCGUCGCAGCUGGCGACGUACGACCAGGCGAAGGAGGCAAUCCUGCGGCGCCGAGGGGCGGGCUCGGACGGGCUGGGGACGCACGUGGCCGCGAGCUUCGCGGCGGGGCUGGUGGCAGCCGCAGCGUCGAACCCGGUCGACGUGGUGAAGACGCGGGUGAUGAACAUGAAGGUGGAGAAAGGGGCCGCGCCGCCCUACGCCGGAGCGCUGGACUGCGCCGUUAAGACGGUGCGGGCGGAGGGACCCAUGGCGCUCUACAAGGGCUUCGUGCCCACCGUGUCCCGCCAGGGCCCCUUCACCGUCGUCCUUUUCGUCACGCUCGAGCAGGUCCGCAAGCUCCUGAAGGACUACUGAAAUCAAAACGACGACGGCACUGAGUGAGGACGAUAUGCAAUAAUUUUGACGGUUUAGAAUCCUCUGUGACGAUAUACAUUUAUUUGAAAUGAAAAUCUGAGACUUUUCCAUAA